UUCCAGCAGUGAAGACCCGGAUGUUGACGCCGCGCUGCUCAGACUGGCGUCGAGCGGCUCACGAGCGGGUCGAUACGGUGGUUUUCCCGCGGGUUUCCUGUCCGGUCGUCUCUGAGUGUGUUGGUGUGUGUGUGAGUGUGUGUUAGUGUGUGUGUAGAAGACCUGCUGAACAUGGAGCAGAACCGGAACCUCAGGCUCAUCAUCAAAACUCCGAACCGGGAACAGGAGGACCAAACCGUGGACCGCGUCCCCCCGGCCUGGACCGUCCUGGACCUGAAGAGACACCUGUCCGCGUCCCACCCGUCCAGACCGGCGGUCUCUGAUCAGCGGCUGAUCUUCUCUGGAAAACUGAUUCCUGAUCAUCUGACCAUGACGGAUCUGUUCUCACAGCUGUCCCCCCAGCAGGACCAGCUCCUGUCCCUCCAUCUGGUCUGUCCGUCCAGGACUCGUCCUCCAGGACCUGCAGGACUCACAGUCUCAGAUCCGCCUCAGUCCGGUCGGCCUUCACACUUCACCACGGCGCCGGACGGGAGCGAGCUGCGGCAGAGGAGGAGCCCCGCCCCCUGCCCCGCCCCCUGCCCCGCCCCCUGCCCCGCCCCCUCCGGGGCCUCGUCCCCGGAGCCCCGCCCCUGGCUCCGCCCCCCCUCCUUCCCCGCCGUGUCGCUCUACAGCCGCCAGCAGCUGCUGUGGCUGCAGCAGCUCUACGCCCAGCAGGUCUACCUGCAGUACCACGCGGCUCUGGCGGCGGCCGGCUCCGCCCCCUCUGCCCCCCCGCCGCCCGUCCCCGCCCACCGGGUCCCGGUCCCGGUCCCGGUCCCCGCCCCCCCGGCCGCCGCGCCGGGCGCCGCCCUCCUGGACCCGGCGCCGGCCAAUCAGAACCUGCGGCUGAACGCGCAGGGCGGGCCGGCGCUGGAGGACGAGGAGCCGGCGGAGCGGGACUGGCUGGACUGGACCUACUGGGUGGCCCGGGUCCUGGUUCUGCUCACCGUGGUCUUCUUCAACUCCAGCCCGGCCCGCUUCCUGCUGGUGCUGAGCGGCCUGGUGCUCAUGGUCCUACACACUGCCGGCUGGUUUCCCUUCAGACGGAGAGUCCAGGUCCCGGUCCAGGAACCGGAGCAGCUGCAGAACCAGAACCCGAUGGAAGCGGCUGAGGGAGCGCCGGAGAACGGGUCAGAUGGUCCAGGGGGUCCAGGAGGUCCUGGUCCUGGUCCAAUGGCAGCCGUCCUGGUCCCGCCUCACCAGGUGUCCCUCAUGUGGACCGCCUGGGUCUUCUUCAAGACCUUCUUCUCCUCCCUCAUUCCCGAGGUUCCUGAGGGCGUGGCCAACUGACCGGUCCGGGCUCCCGGGUCCAGAAACAUCGGGUCCGGGACCACCAGCACAGAGGAGGACUUCUUUAGACCUCCCCCCGCAGCGCCCGGACCGUGGUCUUCACCGGUCCAGACCGGUCCAGACCGGUCCAGACCGGUCCAGACUGGAAGCACCAGCAGAACCCAGACCUCGGUGGACCAGAAGCUCCUGGGUUGUGACCUUUCAUACCGGUUCCGGUCCUGUACCCAGAAUUCCUUGCGGACCGGGUCAGCCUGGGUCCUGGUCCUGGGUCCAGAACCCGCCCUAAAGAGACUCUGUGUGUUUCAGGAUUUCUGGAAGAUGUGAACUUUAUUCUGAUGGAGUCCUCCUUUCAGGCUUUAAUCUUUAAUCCUUUGAGUCCAGAUGUUGAAGAGAGGCAGAUGUUUUCUGUCCGCAAAGUUUUCAACACUUUUCUUUUGAAAAAAAAAAAAACACAUGGAGGAUGUCUGUCUGUUUCUGUGCAGAAAUUCACUU